AGGAGGGCAAAACCCUAGAGCUUUUCUCGCCGCUGCUCCAGCGUCCCCCCCCGCGACCGCGGCAUCUCGACCACCGCCGCCGCCGCCGCCGAGCUCGCGAGGUCUCCGGCCUCCUCCGGUCUUCCUUCCCGGCUGAGGCGUCGCGACAAUGGCUGGCCCCAAGGACGUGCGGAGCGAGCUGGAGAAGGAGAUGGUACACGCGCCCAUCUUUGCUACCGGAUUUUUCAAGUUUUUUUUGUGUGUGUGCGCCAUCCUCUUCGAUUUCGAGUUUGUGAUGAGGUUAAUUGACGGCAGUGGUUGCGCGAUGCAGAUGUUCGGGAUGGCCGAGAAGGAGAUGGAGUACCGGGUCGAGCUUUUCAACCGGCUUACACAUGUCUGUUUUGAGAAGUGCAUUGAGAAAAGGCAUAAAGAAGGUGAACUCAAUAUGGGAGAGAACAGUUGCAUUGAUCGGUGUGUUUCAAAGUACUGGCAGGUGACUAACAUUGUCGGCGGAAUGCUCGGGACUCAGCAGACCCCGAUGUGAGCGCUCUGAGAAGCAGUAGUCGCAUUUUCUGUAGCAGGAUACCGUCGCCAUGUUUCUCCUCCGUUUUUGUUUUGGAAUGUUCGCCGUUUCGCUAAGUAAAAGCAUGAGUGACUGACUAAUUCAUAUAUACUGUUCAAAAGGGAACCUCCCAGCGCGUCGUGCUUUCCAGUGGUGUACCGUGUCACUGAAUCAUGGGCAGAGGCGCAUGCCUGUAAUAAUUUGGUACAGCUCGAUAGAUUUUGUUGCCGAAGCUUCUCCUUUCAUGGUUA